UUCCUGCUUCUCCUCAGCCGCCAGCGGAUCCGGCAGCGCUGGACGAGGGCGGGUACCUGGACACAGGCCAGCCCAAGCUCCGGCGCGAUUUGGGAAGGGGCUUCAGCCCGGAGGGCGCUGCCAGGGCGGUGACAGUGGCGGUGCCAGCGCAGCCGGGGGGUGGCCCUGGGGACAUGCGACAGCAGCUGGCGGACCGCGAGCGGGCGCUGCAGCUGGCGCGGGACACGAUCCAGAUCCUGCAGGCCAAGGUGGCGCGGCUGGAGCAGCUCCUGCUCCUCAAGAACCUCCGCAUCGACGACCUGAGCCGGCGGCUGCAGCAGCCCCAGGGCCCCCGCCGCUGACAGGCGACAGCGACACCGCCGCCGGCAGGCGACAGCGACACCGCCGCCACCGCGCGGUGGCACCGCCGUGGUGGCACGGGGACAGCCCGGUGGCUCCCGGUGGCUCCCGGUGGCCCCCGGUGGGGCCCGGCUCGCCCCGAGCCCCGCGCGGCUGCGGAUUAAAGAGAUGGAUCUUGGCGGGAAUUCCCGGACGAUGCCCCCCGGCCGCUGACACUGGCGACAGCGACAUCGCCGGACAGCGCAGGGGACAGAUGGCGACAGCCAGCAAGGGCAGCAAGGGGAAGGGGACAGGAGUGCGCUUCACCCCCGAGGGGACCCAGGGCCACCCCCAGGAGGGGACACAGGGCCACGUCCACUUCCAGGAGCAGCUGCACGACUCGGCCGUGAUGGUGACACAGGACAAGGACGGCCACUUCCUGGUCAAGGUGGGAUUCCUGAAGAUCCUACACAAGUACGAGAUCACCUUCCAGCUGCCCCCCGUGCCGAACCUGGGCAAGGACAUUUGUCCCCUCCCCGUCCCCAACCCCAACCUGCGCGUCAUCAGUGUCACCUCCCUGCCAGAAGGGCACAGCGUGCGCUGCGAGUACACGGCGCACAAGGAGGGGGUGCUGAAGGAGGAGCUGCUCCUGGCCGGACACAGCCCCAGCCACAUCAAGGUCACCGUCCAGGCCCGGGUCAUGGACCGUCACCACGGGACGCCGAUGCUCCUGGACGGGGUGCGCUGCGUGGGAGCCGAGCUGGAAUACGACUCGGAGCAGAGCGACUGGCACGGCUUCGACUGACCCCAAACCCCACCCCGGGGGGACCCCAAAGCCCCCGAAGCACAGGACGGUCCCCAAAGCGGGCGGGGGGGACCCCCUUGUUGCUGCUGCCGCUGCUUCGCCCUCGCCCCGCAGCCCCGGGGGGUGUUUUGGGGGAAUUGUGCCUCUUGGGGUGGGAAUCUUCCUCUUUUCUGGGGUGGGCGAGGAAUUUUGCCUGUGGAAUGUGGGGUGGGAGCGGGGAGUCCCCCGUGGCUUCGGGGCUGGGGCCGCGUCCCCCGGCUGUGUCCUUGUGUUGCUGCCGGCGCCUCUUUUUUGUUUUUUGUUUUUUGUUUUUUUCUGUUUUUCUCAGAUUUUUCCUGGGUUUUUUUCUCCUCUUUUCCCAUUUUUUUUUUUUUUUUCCUCGUGGUGCAAGGACCAGGAGCAGUUUCAGGAGGUUUUAUAUGCCUACAUAUAUAUAUAUAUAUGUAUAUAUAUAAAUAUAAAGCUAUCUUACA